AAAAAAAAAAAAAAACAAAAAAAAAUUGUCUGUCAUACGCGUAUCAGACACGGGACACAGGAGAGGUGGGUGUUUGGAGUCCCAAGCGAAUAAAUACGGAAGAAGAGAAGAAGAACAAAGGAGGCCCAAAGCGAACUACUACAAGAUGCGCAUGAAGUCGCUUACGGCGGUCGCGCUCGCGACGCCGGCGUCGGCCCUAAUCCGGUUCGGCUGCUCGCAGCUCGUUGUCGAGCGCCUGGAUCCCCUCGUUACCCCCGGCAGCAACCCAUCUCCGCAUCUUCAACAAAUCAUCGGCGGUGCAAGAGACAAAUGCUUACAUGGGAAGGAUGAUAUAGUUUGAAUAUUAGAGGGGGAAAAACAAAGCGUGAACUAACCAACGCGGAUGACAACCCUUAACGUUUUAGAACGCCUUCAACGCCACCAUGGACCCGGAGAGCGGCGACAUCGCGGAGCGGGCAACGUGCACGACGUGCCAGUUCAGCGAAGACUUCUCCAACUACUGGACGGCCAUGCUCUUCUUCCGGGCGCGCAACGGUUCGUACCACCGGGUGCCGCAGAUACCCAACGUCGGGUUCGACGGCCAGAAGGGCGGCAUGACGGUCUACUACAUGCAGGACGCGCUGGCCAACUACGAGCAGACGUCCAAGGUGACGGCCUUCAAGACGGGGUUCCGCAUGCUCAUCGGCGACGCGUCGUACCGCACCAAGGAGCAGGCCAACCGGUUCCGGCAGAUCACCUACACGUGCCUGCAGGACCUCAGCACCCGCUUCCCCGAGACCAUGGACUUCCCCAAGGAGCCCUGCCCGACCGGCAUAAUGGCCAACGUCCGCUUCCCGACCUGCUGGGACGGCAAGAACCUCGACAGCCCGGACCACAUGAGCCACAUGUCAUACCCGGAGACGGGCACUUUUGAGAGCGGCGGGCCCUGCCCGGCGUCGCACCCCGUGCGCGUGCCCCAGCUCAUGUACGAGACCAUCUGGGACACGUCCCAGUUCAACAGCAAGGACCUGUGGCCCGAGGACGGCUCGCAGCCGUUUGUAUGGUCGAUGGAUGACACGUAAGCACAUCCCCCUCCCUCCCACUGGGCAAUGUUUCCCUAUUUAUUCUUAUAUACGACCCCAACAUGAGGAGGAAACGGGAAGCCCAGAUGCUGACGACCAAUAAACAGCACCGGCUUCGGCUCGCACGGCGACUUCAUGUUCGGCUGGAAGGGCGACGCGCUGCAGCGGGCCAUGGA